AUGAUCAAACUCUCAUUUUUAUCUGAUAAAAUUGAUAUCUUAGCAGACUCAAUUGGUUUGCCUGUUGGUUUAUUAAAACUAGCUAUUUGCUUAUUCGCUUCGUUCCCAUUUUGUGCUGUUUUAAAGAGAUUACCAGAUAAUAAUAAGAAACUAAGAUGCUACUAUAUCAUUUCAGUAUCCUUUUUUUAUAUUUUCGGUAUCUUAAACAUCUAUUCUGGUUUUCAAACUCUCUUUAUCAGCUCGUUGAUCACCUAUCUUUGUUCAAGAUAUCUCAAGUCCAACUUAAUGCCAUGGACUAAUUUUGUUUUGAUUAUGGGCCAUUUGAUGUACAGCCAUAUUUAUGCGCAAUUUUUCAUUGAUCCCAAUGCUGAUUAUAACGAAAAUGUUGGGGUGGAUAUCACCGGCGCUCAGAUGGUUUUGGUGAUGAAAUUGACUGCGUUUGCGUGGAAUAUCCAAGAUGGAUUGAUUCUCUCGAAUCCUGUUACAGCGCCAAACUGUGAUCUAACAGAAAUCCAGAAAUCCAAGGCUAUUUACAAACAUCCAUCGAUACUAGAGUAUUGGGCGUACUGCUUCUUUUUCCCCAGUUUAUUGACAGGACCAGCGUUUGACUAUAUUGAUUAUGAAAACUGGUUGACGAAUAACCUAUUUUCUGAGAUUCCUGCUGACAAGAGACCAGGCAAAAAGAGAAAAAGAAUGAUACCUAAAAGUGGUAGAGUCUCGCUUUGGAAAGCUAUCCAAGGUGUAUUAUGGAUUUUAUUGUGGUUCAAGUUAACGACUAUCUUUUCCAAUAAGUAUUUGUUUGAAAGGAGCUUUUUGAGCAAAAAUUUCUUCUACAAGAUCUUUUAUCUCUGGGUGUUAUCGUUUACGUAUAGAUUGAAAUACUAUGGAGCAUGGUCAAUUGCUGAGGCAAGUUGUAUAUUGUGUGGGAUUGGAUUCAAUGGGAUCAAAAUCAAUGCUGACAAGAGUAUUUCAUUCAGAUGGGAUAAAGUGCAAAACAUUGAUCCAAUUGGGUUUGAAACUGCACAGAACGUUCAUAUUGGGCUCGAAGCAUGGAACCAAAACACCAACAAAUGGUUAAAGAACUACGUUUAUUUGCGAAUCAAAAGAAAAAACAGAAGAGCAGGAUUCAAGUCGACGUUAUUUACAUUUUUAACAUCAGCAAUGUGGCAUGGAACAAGACCUGGGUACUAUUUGACAUUUGCCUGUGGAGCCUUUUUGCAAACUUGUGGCAGAUACUAUAGAAGAUAUUUCAGACCAAUAUUUAUCGAAAGCGAUGGCAAGACUUUCAAGGCGACUAAAAUUUACUAUGACAUUUUGUGUUUUCUUUUUACUCAAUUGGCAUUUGGAUAUUUGGUUCAGCCCUUUGUUAUCUUGGAUUUCAACCAAUCGUUGUACGCUUGGAGGACCUGUUACUAUUAUAUACACGUUAUUAUCUUGGGAACGUUCUUGGUCUUCAGAGGGCCAUUUGCCAAAAGUGUGGUCAAUUUCUUGAAAAAAUAUCACAACCAAGGAUCCAAGGACAAGAAACAGAUAUACACCUCGAACAUGGACGAGUUGAACAAGCUAUCGUACAUCUUGAAACAAAAAGAGGAAUUUGAAAAAACCGAGAUGGCACUAGGUGUUCCAACGCCAGAUUUCGACAGAAAGGAGGUUGAAAAUGUGAUUGAGGAGGUGAACGAGAUGAAGGAGGAGCUCAGGGAGUGGAAAAAACGAGCCUCGAUGGACGAACAAUCAGAGGCCAUAAAAGAAGCUGUCAAGUCGCUCAAACAGGAGGUUGGCUCUUUCUUGCCCCACGACAUGCACUUGAGCAAGAAGUCUGAGUAG